ACACACACUCUCAGUAGCGAGACAGUGAGCGAGCGUGCGUGAGUGAGGGUUGCAAUGUCGUCGCUGGUGAACAAGCCGUUGACUUCUCUGUGCGCCGCCACCAAUGCGGACCUUCGAUCGCCGGAACUAUUCAUCGGUAAAAGCUGCCGUAUCCCGGCCAGAAAGUCUGGCAAUAAUUUUGGAAUCGCCAGCGGCGGUGUUCUUAGCAGAAAAAAUCGUUGUAAUGACAGCGGAAUUGUGUGUAAAGCGGUUUCUGUGGAGCCAGAGACUGAAAUUGAGGGACUCAACAUUGCCGAAGAUGUUACUCAGCUCAUUGGGAAAACACCGAUGGUUUAUUUGAAUAGUAUUGUAAAAGGCUGUGUUGCAAAUAUUGCUGCGAAGCUUGAGAUUAUGGAGCCAUGCUGCAGUGUUAAGGAUAGGAUAGGCUACAGUAUGAUCACUGAUGCUGAGGAGAAAGGGCAAAUAAGUCCAGGAAAGAGUAUACUGGUUGAACCUACAAGUGGAAAUACUGGAAUUGGCCUUGCAUUUAUAGCUGCUUCGAAGGGCUACAAGCUCAUUUUAACAAUGCCUGCAUCCAUGAGUCUUGAGAGAAGGGUUCUCUUGAAAGCAUUUGGAGCUGAACUAGUUUUAACUGAGGCAGCCAAAGGCAUGAAAGGAGCUGUUCAAAAAGCUGAAGAAAUAGUAAAUAACACCCCAAAUGCAUACAUGCUUCAGCAAUUCGAUAACCCUGCAAAUCCCAAGAUUCACUAUGAAACCACUGGCCCCGAGAUUUGGGAAGAUACAAAAGGCAAGGUUGACAUAUUUGUUGCUGGGAUUGGUACUGGUGGAACCAUUUCAGGUGUUGGUCGUUAUCUCAAAGAAUAUAAUCCUAACGUCAAGGUUAUUGGCGUCGAACCAACGGAAAGCAACAUACUGUCUGGUGGAAAACCUGGCCCUCACAAAAUUCAAGGGAUUGGGGCAGGUUUUAUUCCGAAGAAUCUAGAUCAAGAUCUGAUUGAUGAAGUUAUAGAGAUAUCAAGUGACGAAGCUGUGGAAACUGCAAAGCAAUUAGCUCUUCAAGAGGGGCUGCUGGUGGGCAUUUCUUCAGGAGCAGCUGCUGCUGCUGCUAUACAGGUUGGGAAGAGACCAGAAAAUGCUGGAAAGCUUAUAGCGGUUGUGUUCCCUAGCUUCGGGGAAAGAUACUUAUCCACAGUUCUUUUUCAGUCCAUACGCGAAGAAUGCGAGACAAUGCAGCCUGAAAUAUGAAUACAAUCCUUUUUUUUUCUUCUCCCAAUCGACGUAUUCAAAAUAAAAUAUUUAUUAAUGGUGGCACUUCAUAUUUAGCGAAUUUUCUUUCACUUUUCCUCAAGUCGUGCAUAAACCGUAAACCAUACCUGAGCAGGGUCAGUUUUUCUGUCUUUUAGUGCAUGUUGUAGCUCAAAUGCUGAACCUUUUUCACAGUACAAACGAUUUUGAGUUUUCAGUCAUAUGUAAAAAGUUGAUGCUUCCUUCUUU